CGGUUUCGUUCUGGGUUUCGCAUUAUAAGAUUAUUGUGCUCGGAAUUUCUGAGUGUCCGGUCGUCCAUCAAUUAUCUAGAACAAUUUAAGUACGCCUUGAGUCCGCCAAUAGUGCCUGAAGAUCGCAUUUUGCGCUUCCCGCCAAUUUUAAAUGAAGAUACACAAAGAAAAUUGAGUCAUCUAUAUUGCUCAUAGUCGCAGUUAAACUACAAUGGAGACAGCUGCAGUUUAAGUGAAAAAUUUGUGAUAAUAGACUUUUGCUACCUAAGUUUAUGGUGUUUAUAAGCUGAUCGUAAAUUGAAAUAUAUUUCUAUGGAGGGAUAUUUUAUACAACAAUAUUAUGAUGCCCGUCGUUAGGGUCGAAAAAAGUGCUGACUUUAGAGUUUCACUGUGCCUAAGUGUGAACAACGUUUGUGAUAAAAAAAAUUGGUUUGUGAUGAACGGAAGUCCGAAUAUAUGCCGUAGUAAUUAGUAAACCUGAUAUUUAGUGGAACUUUGGAAUUACUCACGCAAAUUAUCAGUUAUUAUUAACAUAACUUUGCUACCUACUAUUGUGUGAUAUUAUAUCUAUUUCACCUAUGCCUAGUAAAAAGAAAAUCAAGUCGCCUCAACAGCUAUGGGAAAACAUUUCUUCAAUCUUUGUUACAUUUGUUGAGAGAGUUUUUUUCUCUCUCGGAGUGAUUAUCGCGAGGAAUCCAUGGAAAGUGAUUGUGGCAACAUGGGUUUUCGUCCUAUUGUGUUGCGGUGGACUAUUUACAUUUUAUAUGGAAAAGAACCCUAUGAAUUUAUGGGUUCCUCCAGAUUCAGACUUUUAUUAUGACACUCAUUGGUAUAUUGAUAAGUUUGGGACUGGUUUUAGAAUUCAGAAGGUACUGAUAACAGCAGAUAAUGUCUUAGAUCCAUCUGUCUUUCAUUUAGUUAAAAAUAUUACUAAUCAUGUUAAUGCACUCAGUAUAGAUUAUCAAAAUAAAACCUACUCCCUAAACGAAUUAUGUUUUAAAGUUCCUGUUGUUACAAUAGCUGAUUCUAAUUGGAAACCUAGAUCUGAAGACUCCUUAAAAUCUAAUAUUAGUGAUUCUGUACAUAAACAUGAUACAUAUGAAGUAGAAUAUUUAGAUCCUUCUCUUUGGUUAGACGACGGAUUUUAUUGCGUUUUGCUGAGCAGUUUUCCGUUAGCUUGCCUCCAGUAUAACGUUUUGGAUAUUUGGAAUAACAAUGAAACAACAAUUCGUGACAUUACAAAAAAUGAAAUUAUUGAUAAAAUCAAUACAAUCAAAAUAAAUCCGAUUACAGGUCAUCCUGUAAAUUACACGCAAAUGUUAGGGGGAGUGGUUAGAGAUGAAAAUGGUGCCAUAGUAGCAGCUAAAUCACUUUUAGUAACUUGGUAUAUGUAUGUAAAUAUGUCACAAGUUGAUCUCAAUGAAGUUGGAAAUUUAGUCGGCACUGAGGAGUGGGUCUCUGUUCCUUUAGCAUUUUGGGAACAGGAAUUUUUAAACUACGUCCAGAAUUUGGAUCUCAAUGAGAAAAUUGUCAAAUUGUAUUAUGAAGCAGGGAGAAGUUUUGGAGACAUAAGCGGUCAAGCGAUGUUCCAAGAAAUGGAUAAAUUGUCUAUUGGCAUAAUACUGAUGUUUUUUUAUGUCGUGUGUGCAGUUUCUCGAUGCAACUGGCUAGAAAUCAGAUUAACCUUAGGUAGCAUUGGGUUAUUAAACGUUGGAAUGGCCUAUUUAACUGCAAUUGGUUUGUGUUCUUUAGUUGGUAUCUCGUUUGGUCCUGUUCAUUCAUCUUUACCUUUUCUUUUGAUGGGAUUAGGAGUAGAUGAUAUGUUUGUGAUGAAUGCGUGUUGGAAAAUGGUCCAAGAUACAGAUUCGCACAAAAGCACGGCUGUCAAGGUUGGUUUGAUGCUGAAGCACGCAGGGGUAUCUAUUGUGAUAACUUCGUUUACAGACAUUGUGGCAUUGUUAAUUGGCGCUAUCACAAUAUUGCCAUCAUUAAAGUCUUUUUGUAUAUAUGCAGCUGUAGGAGUGUUCUUUAUAUUUUGUUAUUCUGUUACGUUUUAUGUAGCAUGUUUUACAUUAGAUCUUAAAAGAAUUAAAGAAAAAAGGAAUGGCUUCAUAUUUUGUUACAAACAUAAAACGGAAAUAACUUUGUCAACUGAAACAACAUUAUUUCAGAAAUUAUUAGCGUAUGUCUAUAAGAAUAUUAUAUUUACAAUUUCCGGUAAAGCAAUAAUUAUUUUAUUUACACUUAUUAUGACAGGUUUUAGUGUUCAUGCAAUAUUUAAAUUAGAACAAAGAUUUGACCCAAAGUGGUUCAUCCCCGAUGAUACAUAUUAUAAGGAGUUUUUAAACAUUCACGAGAACUAUUAUCCUGACGAUGGUCAACCUGCAAUGGUUUUUCUGGGCGAUAUGAAUUACAAUGCGGAGUUUACAAAUUUAUAUGACAUGAUACAGGUCUUAAGGAAUGAGUCCUAUAUAACUGAAGUGAUAACUUGGGUAGAAAUUUUCCACGGUUACGUCUUAAAAAAUUUUAAACGUGAUUUAUUAAACGAAACAGAAGCUAUACCAGAUGAACAGUUUAAAAAAUAUUUGUCAAGAUUUUUGUUUAGCCCUGUUGGUGGCAGGUUUCAAAUCAAUUUCAAAUUUACAGAUGAUCUUUCUUGUGGUAAAACCAUUAGCGACAUUACAGCUUCAUCUAUGUCAUUCAGGUUUAUCAGGUUUGAAGGACCUGCAGUAUAUAUUCCUGCAAUGCAUCGUGUUAAAAAUAUCGUGAAAUCGGCUAACAUAACUUCAGGAUCUGGUUAUCGCAGUGUUUGGUCUAAAGUUUUUGGAAAUUGGGUCGUUGAUGAGAUUAUUGCAAUCGAAGUUGAAAGAAAUAUAGAGUUAGCUUUAUUUUGUGUUAUGGUUUGUACAGUUAUCUUAAUAACGAAUCUUCAAAUGUGUUUGUGGAUAUUUAUUUGCGUGUUGUUAACUAUAGUUAAUGUUCUAGGUUGGAUGCAAAGAUGGGGCAUGACUGUAGACAUUGUUUGCUGUAUUGGUCUCGAACUUGCGAUAGGUUUAUGCGUAGAUUAUGCUGCGCACGUUGGUCAUACUUUCUUAACUAUCACUCAAGGCAGUCGUAAUGAAAGAGCUUUUAAGACGGUCACCUCGAUCGGUUCUGCUGUGUUGUUAGGUGGUGGAUCUACGUUACUUUCUUUAUCGCUCCUUAGUAUGUCAAAAGCAUACACAUUUCAAUCAUUUUUCAAAAUAUUUUUACUUGUAAUCAUUUUCGGGCUCUUUAGCGGUUUGCUCUUUUUGCCUGUAGUUUUAUCAUUAAUUGGGCCGACAGGGCACAGGCAUCGUGAUGAGAAUGAAUUAAAAUGUCCAGAAGCUGUGGAAUUAAAUGGCAAGAUUCACGAUAAAGCGAAACAAAUAACUGAGGGAUAAUUUUAGAGAGCAUUUAGUCUUUAUAUAGAAAAUAAUACCUUCUUCAAUUAAUGAUUAUAAGUUUGAAGACUAGUAACUUAUAAUAAGAUAACGAAAAGUACAAAAAAUUGGUUUCAAUAGGAGCUUCUGAUAAAAUAGGUAAAAUCAAUAAUGUAUGCAAAACGUCCUGAAUAAUUUUAUUACUUAGGUAAUGUUAAUAUAGUAAUGUAAUAUAUAAUUUAUUUAGUAUAAGUAUAGCUAGAUAAAAACAAAGAGUUGGUGCUAGCAAAUUAUUAAUGUACAUUUAAUUAAUUAAUCAAUUUACUUUUAAAUAUAUUGGAAUUGACUAAUUAUAUAUAUAGGCACGUAAGUAUUUUUUAAAUUCCAACAAGCCUUUAUGUUUUAUAUAAUAAUGUUUACAUGAUGAUUGUUAUUACAUGAUGGCACUCUGAUAUUAUUGUCUCAAUAAUAAAUAAAAUAUGUGCUAAUUGGAUAAAAUUAAUUAAAGCUAUGAUUUAAUCAAAGCGUAGGUAUGUUACUUUUCCUUCAAUAUAAUUACUUUUCCUUUGUUAGUACAUUUUCCGCACAACACUAAUGUUUUUGUACCAAAAAUGUAUCUCGGGCAGAAGACUGGUUUUCAUAGAACAGUGGAACUAGUUGAAUAGUAUGAGGGCAUGAAAAUUUUGUAUAUUUUUACAUUGUAACCUUGAAUAUUUUUGUAUUACUUAAUUAUAAAAUUAUCUUAUUAUAAUUUAAAAUGAAAUUGUCUGUAAAUAGUAAUAUUGCUAGACAAAUUGUAACAUCUGUUCACUACAUGACAUCAGAUAUAAAUUUUUAAAAUAAAAUAAAUUGAUUUGAUUA